GCCAGCUGCUGCCGGCGGCCGCACACAUCGGCGGACUGGAUGCGAUACUUGCAGCCGCAGCUAGCGCCUUGCAGGGGGGAAAUCACAACCAUCCACAGCCCCAGGAGCCCCCGGAGUUGCUGCAGCAGGGCCGCCAGGAGGGGACCAGCCCGCAUCGUCACCACAACCAGCAGCAGGAGCAGCAGCGGCGGCGGCAACAAAAAGAACAGCAGCAGCAACAGCAGCAACGUGGAUUAGACCUGGCGUCGCCACCCAUCCUACCGCACUUGCCUCAGUCAGAGGCAAUGAGUCACAUACCCCUGCUGCUGCAGCAGGAGCAACAACGGCUGCUGCUGCAGCAACUGCAGCAACAACAGCAACAGUUAUAGCGGCAGCAGCAGCACCGCAGCACCACCCAGAACCCUCAACUGGGCUCUCAGCAGCAGGGGCAGCGCAACCACCCGUCCCACCAACAACAACAACCGGAGCAGCAACAGCAACAAGGCACUCCCCAGCAGGCGAUGCCCCACCACCCUGACAAGCUGUGCCCCCAGCCGUACUGGCCCGCGCCCUUCUACCAACAACAGCUUGCCGGGCUGCAAGCCCUGCUUGGCGGUGGAGGAACAGCAGCAGGCGACCUGAGCGCACUGAGCUCCAAAAAGUGUUGUCCGGGAUCGGGGCUUGGGCCCGAGCGGUGGUGGUGCUUCAAGCAGCGGCGGUGACACCGCAGGCGGUGGCUGGAUAGGGCGAUUGAGCCGUUUAGAGCAUCCUGCUGCGGCCGGGCCGCUGGUAGGGGGCCUGUGUAGCGGUUCAUUAGCCAACGGUCAGCCCGGCGUGGGAGAGGUUCUCGCAGCGCUGCUGCCCUUGGGACCCAUGGGUCACGGUGGGAGCAGCACCGCAGCUGGCCCGCAGCCGCAGCAGCAGUGCGGCCGUCAGGAGGCAGGCCACCGCUACCCCAGCAGCGGAGAUCAGGCAGCGGUUGCAGACGCAGCGCCCGCCCGCAGCUCCAACCUGUCCAUUGCGGCCCUUACUGGCGUGGGUUACGGCAGCGACAGCGGCGGAGGGGGUAGCUCGGCCACUGGGUGCAGGGGGUAGGGAUCCUGGGCGGCUGGGGCGGCUCUGCAGCGGCCUCGGCAGCAACGAACGGCGGCGGAGACGAUGGUGGGGUUGGAGGUGGUGGGCUGGUUGGGACUGGUGCAGCUGGGACGCUGGGGCAGGUUGCGAGGAAAGGUGGGGGUGUGUACGGGAGCGAGGGCGGGCUGCCGGGCCACGGGGUGUCAUGGCGAGCAGCAGCCGGGCCACGUUAGGUUAGGUUGAGGGAGCCAUGCGGGCGAGCCAGCCCGGUGUGGUGUCAUGCCAUGGGGUGCUGCGGCGGGUGCAGGUGAGAAGCAGAAGCAAGCGGGGGCGGGAGACUAGCUUACAUGCAUGCUUGGACCUGGCGCAAUGCUUUCGGGUUGGCGGCAAGAGGGAUGGCGUGUUAGUGUUUUGCCAAUUUUGCAGGUAGUAUAUUGAUGCUAUUUUCUUCAAGCCGUGCUGGCGGUUAGAACAAGGUUAGAAUCUAACGUUUGUAAACUCCACGGCUUGUAGGGCGUGUACGGCCGUAGCCGGCGCCACGAGUACAUAUUGUCCGAAGGCGUGCACAGCCUGCCCUCGCAUGCAGGGCUAAUGGGGAUGCCAACUGUCCAUGUGAACUCGGUUUGUAUCCACUGUACCGGUAUGGGGUGCUACUUACCCUGCGCUGAUGCGCGGAAGGCUCAUUGGGAGAUUGGUACGAUCUUGCGAGUAGGCCAAUACCCGGCCCGGAUGUUGGGCUAGGCAGGAUUGACAUGUGUAUGAUGCACGCCGAGGGGGACACGGAAAGCGCAGGAAACACAGCGGGGAACGUGGCAUACGUCUUGUGGCGUCUGCGCCUAUGCGAACUGCUUUGGAAGGAAUGCCCCGUGAGCCGUGACUAAGGAACGCAAGUACGUCGGGAGGAGGACAGCGGGCUUCAGGUCCAAGCGAGCUUGCAUGCAGGCGGGUGCCUUGCGCCAACACUCCCAUGGAGGCGAGUUGCUUGAGCAAUGCAUGUCAAUGGUUAUAAGGAGUACGUUCUAAGAGCAGGGCAACCGCCAACUGUUACAAAUUUGCAUACGGGAAACAUUGUGGUUCUUGAUUCUUUAAUGUUGUAUUUCACAUGGCAUUAAAGACACCUCCUUUAACGUCGUGG